UUAUUGUAACGCUCAAGCGAGUUUAGUCGAUUGAGGAUUUCAGUGAGUGUACUACGUUAAAAAUGCGUGUGUCUUUACUAAUUUCAAUUUUAUUUCUAUCAUGGGUGGACGCAAAUAAAACACACACUCAACAGUGCAGCAGCCCAGCGUUACCUGCCACGGUGUUUCAAGGUGCAAGUAAUCUUCUUCCACCAGACGAUGAAGUGGGUCCUCCAACUCAGCCGAUCGUCCCUGCUGAGCCGGCAGAGCCAGUUGAGCCGGAACCGAGUACCACCUCUCGAAUUACUGGAUUCCUUUGGGAUCUUAUACCAAGAGGGUCAGGGUCAAGCUUCACAGGGUCAUUCGCCGGGUCGAAUCUGGUUGAACCGUCAUCGAGCCACGGAUCAUCAGGCUUCCUAGCCAGGUGGCUGCUGGGGGAUGAUGAUGACGACAAAAAGAAAGCCUCCAACAAGAAAUGCACGAAAGAUAAAUAAUAAGUUUUAGUUAAGAUUCCUAUAUACCUCUACGAGUUAUUCGACAUCGCACGAUCAUGCGACUUAGAACCAAUUUAAGCUAAUAUUUUUGUCAACAAUGAUAAAAGUGUUUGGUUGCUGCUUACACAAAAUAGUGACUUCCGAACUGAAUGUUAACCUAUAAGGAAACCAAGUUUAGCUCAGUACAAAAUAUGUAGUAUAUUUAAUUUACGCAAGAUUUUUUCCCCAUAACCUAAAGUAGUAGUAACCUCCAGUUAGCAAGUCACUUUUUUGUGUAAACCGUAACCAAACCAGUUUUUUCAGUGAACUAGCACAAGUAUAAAAAUCUGAGGUGACUAUGUACAGUCAGCUACAUAACGUUUAAGAUUUUAUGACUGGAUGCAUUACAAACGCACGAUCGUGCGAGAUGACGAAAAACUCACCUCUACAGUUCCACGCCAAUAUUCUGUAAAAACGUAUGUGGUUAUUGUAUAGACGACAGCAUACCAAUCAAAACACUAAGACAUCUUAUGUACCUAAUUGUACUUGUUAUUAAGCAAUAAAAAUAAUGUAUUAUGUUACAGUCAAACCCCACAAAAUCGGUCAAAAACACUUCUGACUGUUAUUUCCCGUUAAAAGUGGUUUAGACCAAAGGCGUUAGUCAAAAAUCUGCAAAAAUCAGUCAACAGUGAAUUAACCUUAUUUACAAUUUUAAAAAUCAGUCGAAAUUCAUACAAAAUUAUGAUAAGUGAAAAAUACUAGUUUGUAUUGUGUAGAUAAUGUUGUUAUUUUUAAAGUAUUUUUAUUAAAGAAGUUCGUUAGUCAAAACCAUUUUUGACUGUUGUUGCAGUCAAAGGUGAUUUUAACAGACUGUAACAUAGACUGAUGUGCUGUUGUUGACUGUAAUAAUAUAAUACUUAACUUAAUUUCUAAGCUUAUUUUAGUUAGUCACUGUGCCUAUUCAUAUCUUAUAAACGAUUGGUAUUUUUUGGUGCUAAAACGAUUUAAAUUGAUGUAAAAAAGGCUUUUUCAUUAAUGUAUAAAGAAGUUAUUGGAAAAUUAUUAAUGUAACAUGCAAAUCACGGACUGAACAGGUUUUUAUAUGAAGCAUUUAUUGUGAUAAUUAAGCCUAUAAUUGUAAGGCGAGUGCAAAAUUUUCUUUUUAAGAAAUAAUGUAUAACUAAAACGAAUAUUACUCGUAUAUAGCGUAUACCUAACAAUUUUACAAAUACCAAAUUUUAUUAGUGUCUUUCAGCUGAAAAUCAAAAUACUUUUAUGAACUACUUAAUCUUAAUAUCAGAAUAGGAUUUUAAAAUCCUAUUUUUUGUCAUAAUUAUAAUCUUAAGACAACAAAAUAGUCCAGUCAACAUCGACAUCGAUCAUCGCAAAAGCGCAUGUACGAGUAUAAAUAUUUUUUAAAUGUUGUUAAGCACCUUGAGCGAAGUUUACAUCCCUGUAUUUCUCACAUGUUGCUGGGAAAUUUUGGCAUUUUUUGCUCUAAUUAUCAUAGUUAAAUUUUGGACAAAGUGAUUCAGGAGUCAGGACCCAAUAAAAUCCAUUAAAAUUGUAACAUAUAAGUCCAGCUCUACAAAUCUUAUGGGGACCAAACUAUAAACCCCUGAAGAAGAUUGAUUUUACCGGGAAAUUGCAUUGUUUGUGAGUUUGUUCCGGCGUUUCUUCUCAGCACUUGCCAUGUUUAUUUCGAAGCGCUGGUAGUGCCCAAA